UAGGACCCGGGCCGGGCUGUUGGCUCCCCCCGGGGUAGGAGGAGGCGCGGGGGCGAUGAGUUCAUCGCGGUUUUCCGCGCCUUGGGCGCACGGCGAGCGGAUAAAAGGCGACGGGGCCAGACACUUCGCAAGUCUCCGGCUUCGACAAGUCUCUAGGAUGCAGCUCCCACUAGUGGUUCUGGCCUGCACGGCCCUCCUCUGCGUGGCCAGCCCUCUGAGCCGCCCUGCUGGCUCCCGCGUGGCCCAGCUCUCUGCCGACUUUGGGGUGAGGGUUUUCCGGGAGGUGGUCAAGGCUUCCUCGGAUCGUAAUGUCGCUUUCUCGCCGUUCGGCGUGGCCUCCGUGCUGGGCAUGCUGCAGAUGGCGGCUGCUGGGGAGAGCCGGAGUCAGAUCAAGGCAGCCAUGGAAUACGGGGUGACUGAGCGAGGUGCCCCCCAGGCCCUGCGGUGGCUGCACAGAGAGCUGACAGCCCCAUGGAACCAGGACAGGGUGGAUGUGGCUGAUGCGCUGUUUGUGCAGCGGGAUCUUGAACUGACUCCUGGCUUCAUGAAGAUGUUCGCCCGGGUCUUUCGCCAGACCGUCAAGCAGGUCAACUUCACAGAGUGUGAGCGGGCACGCUUCAUCGUCAAUGACUGGGUCCGGACUAGCACCCACGGGAUGAUCAGUGACUUCCUGCCCCUGGGCACUGUGGAUGACCUGACCCGCUUGGUGCUGGUGAAUGCUGUGUAUUUCAAAGGGCUCUGGAAGCUGCCUUUUCCAGAGGCAGCCACACGCCACCGUGUCUUCCACAAGCCGGAUGGGAGCAGCAUGGCGGUGCCCAUGAUGGAGCAGACAGCCAAGUUCAACUAUGGUGAAUUCUCCACCCCAGACGGAGUAGAAUACGAUGUAGUGGAGCUGCCAUACCAUGGAGACACACUCAGCAUGCUGAUCGCUGCCCCAUACCAACGCAACGUGCCCCUGGCCACCCUGACCCAGGUUAUUGAUGCACGGCUGGUGGGAGAGUGGAAAAGCAACAUGACCCGGGUGGCCCGGCUGCUUGUGCUUCCCAAGUUCUCCCUGGAGACAGAGUCCAACUUGCACUGGCCCUUGCAGCAGCUGGGCAUUAGAGAUGUCUUCCAACCUGGCACUGCAGACUUCACCAGCCUCUCAGCCAAAGAGUCGCUGUAUGUGGCCCGUGCACUGCAGAAAGUGAAGAUUGAGGUGAACGAGAGUGGCACCAAAGCCUCAUCAGCCACAGCUGCCAUUGUCUAUGCCCGGAUGGCACCCCCGGAGAUCAUCAUGGACCGGCCCUUCCUCUUCGUGGUGCGCCACAACCCCACAGGUGCCAUCCUCUUCAUGGGACAGGUAAUGGAACCCUGAGUUCAGGGACACCCUGCGCUGGGAGCAAUCGGGGAAGCAAACCAUCUCUGGGGAAAGGGGCUCCCCCAGCCCCUCUGCCUGAGCAUCAGGUGCCUGCCUUGUUCAGUUUGACUCUCUGGGAGCCAAGAUCGGGUCCUGCUCAAGCGAUUACUCUGUUUUGGGCAGCAUGUUCACGACCCCCACUGACAGGACAGCUGCCCACGCUGACCACUUCCCUUGGAACUGUCUACCACCACCAGCAAUUCCAGGCACAGGCUGGCGUUGACUCCCAGCAACUCGGUUCUUGUGAUUCCUGCUUUGCUUGGGCUUAGGGCCCACAUGGAUUUGAGUGUUUACACUGGAGGCUACUACCUCCCCCACUUUUGGAGGUGGGG